AUGGACAAUACUAGGAUGAACUCUUUCUUAGAGUAUGCAAUUUGUAACCGUGGGACGAGCGCCUACUCACCCAAGGGCUACCAUCAUUUAGAGCAAGGGGCAACCUCCUUCCCUGCUUGCUCAGGUACACCCAGCAGUGACAGUUAUAAUGGAGACGGACGCUUUGUAGUAGCAGGGAGCGCUACGGUGCCCAGCCAUCCUGCUCAGCCGAACCCAGGCUACCAUCACCCCCACCCUUCAGGGCUUGGCCUCCCCUUCUCGGGCUCUGCCUCAGCAGGGUACCCGCCCCAAGCCUGCAAUCCCAGCUACGGGCAUCACCAGUUCUACCUCAGCCAGCAGGAAACGGAUGGCGUGUAUUUCCAAUCUGCCCCCGCUGGAUCUAACCUCAGCUCUGGGUCAGACGGCUACUGCUCCGCUGUGUCAGGGUCUGGACAGUACCAACACCACCCCUAUGGCCAGGAGCAGCAAGGCUACUUGCAGGGAGCUUACAGCCACCUUUCGUCUGCUUUAAACGAGGACAAAGAUCACGCCUGCCCCUCUGAGCUCUGCCCCACCGCCAGCCUCACACAGACCUUCGACUGGAUGAAAGUGAAGAGGAAUCCUCCCAAAACAGCUAAAGUGUCUGAAUAUGGACUGGUCGGGCCCCCCAACGCCAUCCGGACCAACUUCACCACCAAGCAGCUGACCGAGCUGGAGAAGGAGUUUCACUUUAACAAGUACCUCACCCGGGCCAGGCGAGUGGAAAUCGCCGCCACCUUGGAACUCAACGAAACCCAGGUGAAGAUCUGGUUCCAGAACCGGCGGAUGAAGCAGAAAAAGCGGGAGAGGGAAGGCCUGGCCCCCGCUCCUGCCCCCAGGGCUGCUAAGGAAGUGGGCGAAGCCUCGGACCAGUCCAACUUCACCUCACCUGAGGCCUCUCCCAACUCCGUUUCCUCCUGAAACGGUCCCUUCAAGGCGCAGGAAGGAUAAGGCCCUCUCCCUGCAAACUGAGCCAAGGCACGGAUACCCAGCCCACGUACACUCCCACACGUCCAUACACACACUCCA